ACUUCGUGGUGUUUUUGUGACGAUGUGAAAAUGGCGGCGAAUUAUCUACUACAUUAACUUUGUCGUGAAUUCACACAGCAAAGCUGUCUUACUAACACCUACUAUAACUCAGAACAGAAAAGUUUACAGAGAAGGCUACCCGGAGUGAACAUUUUAAUAUUAUACAGUACAUGAGGACUAUUUAAACGGCUGGAUUUUCCCCGCUGUGAUUCCGAGUUUUGAGUCUUGUGGAAAAAUGGUUUUAUUUAAAACUUGAACGGCGGCUAGCCUAACGUUACAUUACCCGCUAAAUAUAUGUUCCUCACUCUUCAUAUUAUAUUGCAAUUAGAUGCUGUAACCGUUACAUAUAAGCCGUAUGUAUAAACGAGAACCUAUAUCGCUUUGUAAUUUUAUUUGUUUUACGGCGGAUUUUUUUCUAGGCUGGAUAACGUUAGCUGCCGAUGAUGCUCGUUCACUCUCUCAGCACGUUCAUCUUGACAGCUUAGCCGCCUUCUAUCCUGCAUAUUCAUGAUAUUUUUGUGAAAAUGUAACGUAAUACAGAUGUAGUAUUAAAGAGCAAGCUGACCUUCGUUUAAAUUACCAAAGCAUCUGUUGAGUUUUUUUUAAAGUAUUUUUAACUAGCCGCGUAUUCAAUACUGUAUUCAUGUAACGUGUCGAUAUAGUCCGUAGUAAAGUGACUUUCCACCACAGUUGUGUGGUGUUUUUUUACGAAAUUAACGGAAUAAACUGCGCUUGCCGGAUCGUGACGCGCGCGUGUUGCUGUGGGCAGCGCCUGAAUCUACUGCGAGACAAUGGACGAGUCCAAACCGCGGUACAGCAAGCGACUGCGGGCUGGCACUCGGCGACGUUACCAGGACGAUGCCAUUUCCGACGAUGAGAUCGAUGGAAAGAGGACGUUCGAUCUGGAGGAGAAGCUGCAUAGCAGCCGCUUCAGCUCGGACAGAGUCAAACGAAUGGAGGGCAAAGAUUUCACAUAUGAGUACAUCCAGAGAGGGGGGCUAAGGGACCCAAUCAUCUUUGAGAGACCCGAUGGACUUGGCAUUAAAAUGCCAGAUCCAGAUUUCAGUGUGAAUGAUGUGAAGACGUUUGUAGGAAGUCGACGCCUGAUUGAUGUAAUGGAUGUGGCUACUCAGAAGGGAACGGAGAUGUCAAUGGCCCAGUGGUGUCGGUACUAUGAGACUCCGGCUUCCCAGAGAGACAAGAUUUACAAUGUUAUCAGUCUUGAAUUUAGCCACACUAAACUAGAGAGUCUUGUCAAAAGACCUGCAACGGUGGAAAUGAUUGACUGGGUGGACAACAUGUGGCCACGGCAUUUAAAGGAAAGGCAAAGAGAUUCCACAAAUUCUAUCAUGGAGAUGCAGUACCCCAAAGUGCAAAAGUACUGCCUAAUGAGUGUUCAGGGCUGUUUCACAGAUUUCCACGUAGACUUUGGAGGCACAUCUGUGUGGUACCACAUACUGAACGGAAGCAAGGUGUUUUGGUUAAUCCCACCCACACCACAAAACCUGGAGCUGUAUGAAAACUGGGUGUUGUCAGGGAAACAAGGAGACAUCUUUCUUGGUGACAGGGCCACUGACUGCCAGAGGAUUGAGCUCAAGCAGGGAUACACGUUCAUUAUACCAUCAGGUUGGAUCCAUGCGGUUUACACACCCGUGGACACACUUGUGUUUGGUGGAAAUUUCCUGCAUAGUUUUAACGUUCCUAUGCAGCUGAAUGUUGCCAGCAUUGAGGACAGGACACGGGUGCCAUCGAAGUUUCGUUGUCCUUUCUUUUUCGAGAUGGCCUGGUACGUGUUGGAGCGUUAUCUGUACAGUCUGACCAACACCUCCUACCUCAUCCCUGAAUACCAGAAAUACUCUCUGGGCAUCGGCAUUAAGCAGGAAAGUUCGGGCUGUGAGGUACUUAAUGGCCAUACUAAAGAGGAGCGAGAUGAGAGCAACACUCCUCCCAGUGGACCAGGGGUGAAGGUUCACCUGACUCCCUUCGAACUGGAGGGGCUUUGGAACCUGGUGGGAAAGUUGGAGGCUUUGCCUGCACAUAAGAAAUAUGUGCCUUCUGGAAUACACAACGCCGCCGCCUUGCUGCACGACAUACGGGCGCUUUUAAAAGAACAUGCAAACGACUCCCCCAAACUCUCAUACACUGGAAAACCUAUUGUCAGAUGGCCAAAGAGACCCUCCUGGUAUCAGCCCCCUCCUCCCCCUCCACCUGUCAUCCGUCCAAAGCUGGCGACCACACCCAUCGUUCCCCGGCCAGUGAAACCAUCCUCCAACAUGUCGGUGCUGCGGCGGCGACGCGUGCGCUGUAAACGCUGCGAGGCCUGUAUGCGCACAGAGUGUGGCGACUGCAAUUUCUGCAGAGACAUGAAGAAGUUCGGUGGCCCUGGCAAGCUCAAACAGACCUGUGUCCUCCGCCAGUGUCUCGCUCCUGGUCUGCCGCUCUCUGCCGUAUGUGAGAUCUGUGGGGAAGGAAGCCUUGAUGUUGGCGAGGAGCUCAUGGAGUGCUCCAACUGUGCUCAGAUUGCCCAUCCUAGCUGUUUAAAGGUAUCGGGAGAUGGAGUGAUCAACAAAGAUCUACCCAGCUGCUGGGAGUGUCCCAAAUGUGUUUUGGGCAAAGACACAGAAUCUGAGUCGUCAGGCAGCGGUGAUGACAUCACGGCACAGGAUGGGUCAGGGGGGCUCAGGGGCGGGGCGUGGCACAGGGUCGGGCGGCCCCCCUCUUCACUCUCCCACGGGUCGCUCCAGAAACAGGCAGCGGCCCCUGAGCAGCGGCUCAGGAAGAGGAUAAAUGUAGAGGGAGCGAAAGCACAUAAACGCAAAUCCUCAUCUCUAGAUCCUCGUGUGGCUAAGAUCUACCGGCGUCAUGGAAUGGAACACGAUGACGAUUCUGGCAGCGACGAUGAGGAUGGAGAUGGUGGGAGGAAGAUCCACUCAAGGGGUGGCAUGUCUUCGUCCCGCAGAGGUUACGGAACUGGCAGGCGAGGAGUUUGGAGGGGAUCCACACAUCGAGGGAAUCGAGGAGGAGGCAGCUUGACGAAUUCGCUGAAAAUGAGGCGAGGACUUGGGGCAAGAGGAGAGAGAGGAGGCCGGGUUCGAUUAAGAGGAGGAUCUCAUAUGAGGCGGCGACGCUAUGAAACCGAGGACGAAGAUGACGACGAUGAUGAUGAAGAUGAUGAUGAUGACGACGAAGAUGAGGAAGAUGAUGAUGAGGAUGAUAGUGAUGAAGAGAGGCAUCUGGGUCGAUCAGAUAAGCAACAUCGUUCACGGAGGAGACGGCAUAGAGGUGAGGACUACGAUGAUGAUGAGGAGGACGACGAAGAUGACGAUAGCGAUGAACAGGACUUUGAAGGAGAUGAUGAUGAGAUGGAAGAUAUGGAUGAUGGAGGGGAUGACGAUGAUGAUGAUGGAGAGAACCAGUCAGAUUCAGACACUGAUCCACCUGUCCUACUCGUCUCCGAUUUGAAUGAUGACCUGCUGAACGAUUCCUACCUAACUGUGACUCUUCAGCGUCCUCCCAAAGCCAAACGUGACCCUGGCUCCAUAGUACCUAAACUGGAGGCUGCUAUGUCUCCCCGCACACCCAACGCUCCUGGUUUCAUCCAGCGCAAAACAUUGCCCAGGGCGCGACUCAGGAACAGCAAUCUGACACCGACUGGUAAUGGACUUUCUCAGUCUAAAGGUGCCAAUGCAUCCAGCCGCCACCACACAAGGCGGAACUCCAACCAAGACGGUCGAGAGAGAGACACUUUGUCACCUUCCUCAGUGUCUUCUCGUUCUUCCGUUUCUCCACCACCUCCGCCUCCUUCCAUCACCACCAGCUCUCCUCCAUCACUCCUCUCUCAUCCCUCAUUCCGUGAUGUAGGAAACGAGCGAGGCUGUGAAAAGGACAUUUGGGUGUCUGUGUUCCGUUACUUGAGUCGGACUGACUUGGCUGUGUGUAUGAGAGUCUGCAAGGCUUGGUACAAAUGGUGCUGUGAUAAGCGCUUGUGGACACGGAUAGAUCUGAGCCGCUGUCGGUCACUAAGCCCCCAGGCUAUUUCAGCCAUCAUUAAACGACAACCUGUGACACUGGACCUCUCUUGGACACCCGUGUCAAAGAAACAAAUCGCCUGGCUCAUCCAUCACCUACCAGGUCUGAAAGAUCUAGUGAUGUCAGGUUGUUCUUCAUUAUGCGUGUCAGCUUUGAGUUCACAAAGUUGCCCGGGUUUGCGAACACUAGACCUUUGUUGGGCUGUCGCCGUCAAAGAUACACAAAUAAAAGACCUAAUAGUGCAGCCAGGCAGUGAAAGUCGCAGUCGGCUAAGAGGUUUGCUAAAUUUACGUUUGUCUGGCUUGGAUAUAAGUGACUCCACGCUGAAGCUGAUUGUCAGACACAUGCCUUCGCUGAGGCGGUUGGAUUUGUCUCACUGCCAGGGGCUCACAGAUCAGUCCGUCAACCUGAUCACCGCUUCUGGGUGCAACACCCGAAACACGCUCAGACAACUUAAUCUUGCAGGUUGUAAUAAGUUGACAGAUGCUUGUCUGUCCUAUAUGAAGCGAUUAUCAGCUCUCAGAUUGUUGGAUCUUCGAGGAUGUAAGAAUGUGACUCGACGUGGUUGUGAAAACUUUAUCUCUGAUCUCUCUUACUGCACCCUCUUCUGCCUAACCGAAGACAAACUCAUUCAGAAAAUAUCAUAAUGGCACGCACGCACAUACUAGUCUCCACGCAGCUCUGCUUUGCAAGCUGACACGUGCUACAUCCCACUAAACACAGGCCGAUGUAUUAGCCUGAAUGGGAGGAUGAGGCUGAAAAAGAGAAAGAUGGAAGGAUAACGCCCCUGAUAUUGGCGAAGGGUUAAAACAGACUGAUGUGGGAGAACCUGAAGAUGUAAGUAAAUUGUGUAGGAUUGAAUUCCUGUAACCCACGAGACAAAUCUAAGCAUGUCCAGAGCGUGGCGGCUUUCUUUUCUGGGCAUUCAGCAUCAUCUAAAGUGACUUCUUUUUCAAGGUGUUUGUCCAUGAGCUUGACACUUAACUUCAAGUUCUGCCCAAGUGGUGUUUGGUAGGUUUGGAAGGAACAUCUGAUGAAUUUUUGGGUCCAGUGGACCUAUCAGUUUUGGGGGAGUUCGUGUUAAUGCUAAACUGUAUUCUUGCAUUUUGAUGAAAGAAAAUGACUGACAUUAUGUUUCCUGCUUGUUCUCAUCUGCCACAACCUAUUAAAAAAAGAAUGUAGUGGUGCAUACUUGCCAUCAGAGUAUGAAUCUUGAGCAUUUCAGCCUACAGUCAUCUUAGUGAUCUUUCUUAGCAACACUUCACUUCAGUCAUUUAAGGUUUUGUUGUCUUAGUUUUUGGACAGUGUUUAUGUGCUCCUACUGAAAUCACUCUUCUUUUAGUUCUUUGCUGCCAUCCCGCCUGUAUUCUCCUGUCCCAUUUAAGCUCGAAAGGGUUGAUAGUUUAAGCUAAAUUGCUUAUUUACCUUUGGAAAGCUGUAACUUAAAUGCAACUUGUAGCAACAAAAUAGCAAUUAUUUUCUGAAGACUUUCUGAAGAAAUUUGAUGUUUAAUUUGUUUUGUUUUUCAUGAAAAUGCAGAAAAUAAAAAAAUUUAAAAAAUUAAA